GUCUUGUGCACGCCUGGUAUGGUAGAACAUUUCAAUUUUUCCCAAUAUCUUUUUACAAUAUUUACCGACCAUCAUAAUAACGUGGAAUGGCAGUAGAGCGAUCCUGAAGUAUCAUAUACUAAAGGCAUUCUUCUAUUUACUCAUAGAGCAAGAAAGGACGCAUGAUGCACCCUGGUGAGCCCGCAUUCCCAUACGGACCAAGAUAUAAUAAAAGAGGAAAGAUGACCGCUGGUCGAGGUUUUGAGGAUGUUUUCAUGUCCGAUUCGAGUUUUGAUUCGUUCCUUCCUAUGGACGAUUUUCGUGACUUGCGCAUUAAUGACAGUCCAUUUGAUGCAGGACAUCCUUUCCCUGGAAGGUAAGUAACGAGUGAACAAUAUGUAUAUUAGCUAUACAAUGUAUAGCUUGCCAGGUGAUCUGACGGUGUGCGAAAGGACUGGGACUAGCAACAGAAUAGAAAUCCAGUUUCGUACUUUUAAUCACUUGUCAUGCCCUGAUUCUUUUGUGAAACUGUUUGAAACUUUGUGUCUGUGUCUUGCACAGGGAAAUGAAUAUCUGGGGCAAAUUUGGGAUAGAAAUCUAAUACCGUUAAUUGACCAUUUGCGUAAUAGACAAAAUUUUGAUCUAAACAAGUCUAGACAAAUAUUUCAUCACAGCUGGAAAGAGCAUCACAAAAUUAGUAAUAUUCCAAAGUUUCGUUGCGAAAUGUUGUAAAAUGCGGAUAAUAUAGCCUUGCGAAGUUUGCAAUUUUCAGUCAUUUUAGAUCACAAACGGGAAAUUGACAGCCUCAAAGCGUAUCGGGCUGUCAAUUUCCCGUUUGUAAUCUAAAAUGACUGAAAACUGCAAACUUCGUAAGGCUAUAUUAUCCGCAUUUUACAACAUUUUGCAACGAAACUUUGGAAUAUUACUAAUUUUGUGAUGCUCUUUCAAGCUGUGAUGAAAUUUUUGUCUAGAUCAAAAUUUAGUCUAUUACGCAAAUGGUCAAUUAAUGAGAUAUUGAGUAAUUUUAAACCAGAAAUGGAUUUCUAUUUUACAACUAGUGCCAGGCCUUUUCCCAGUUCCGAGAUCACCUGAUGAAUAACAUCUCAUGUGCUCAGAUACCAUUUUUGUUUUCUCAGAAAUGACAAAAUUUUGAAUGCAUAGAAGUAAACGUCGCUCCUUGCUUUUCCUUUAGAUUUGAUGAACUACCUCCUGUGCGUUCAAUGAGAGAUGAAAAUCCGUACUUCAGUUCUACGAGAGCGAGAAACAGUCCUCCAGAUUUCAUGCCAAAUUUUCAGACUGCAGCAAAGAAACCGCAGAUUAAUGAGGGAAGACCACGCAGAGUGCAAGUCCAGAAAAGUCGCAUGGCAGAUGGGCAGGUUUGAAAAAACAUGGAGUUACACUGUAGUGUGAGGGUGGAGGUGCGCACACGCCGCACAGCCAGGUUCCUUAUCCAGGCCUGACAUUAAGGGCCGGUUUCCGACCAAAACGACCGGCUACUUGCCUAUCUGCAACCGCCAACUUUUGUCUCAACAAAAUUUUUUAAAAACUUAGGCAGUAAACAGUGAAAUAGUUCUUUCUUUUCAUCUGCUCUACUUCAUAACUUUAAAGUUGAAACAAUAGAUUCAAUGAUUCUAAACUAGUUAGUCUUGAAAAUUAUCAUUUUUUGCGCAUUUUAUGGCAUUUCCAAAACAUAAUGAAAUUUGAUGUUUGUGAUGUUACUCUGAGUGUAUAUCCACACCGGACAAGCUUGAAAAAUAUACCUGACCACGGUGGGAAUCGAACCUACGAUCUUUGGACCUAGUAUUCCAAAGGUCGUAGGUUCGAUUCCCACCGUGACCAGGCAUAUUUUUCAAGCUUGUCCUCCGGUGUGGAUAUACACUCUGAGUAACAUCACAAACAUCAUAUUCACCUGAGUACACAACACCAACACAGAAAAUAUCAUAUUACUAGAUUGCAUUGGUAUCGAAGGAACUAGACUCAGUUCCGAAAUAUCACAUACUCGAUCCGAUCUGACCGCGUAGCUCAGUUGGUAGAGCAUUGGGCUAGUAUUCCAAAGGUCGUAGGUUCGAUUCCCACCGUGGCCAGGCAUAUUUUUCAAGCUUGUCCGGUGUGGAUAUACACUCAGAGUAACAUCACAAACAUCAUAUUCACCUGAGUACACAACACCAACACAGAAAAUAUCAUAAUGAAAUUUGAUGACUAAUUAUCAGAUCGUGCCAAUAGCCCUCAAACAGUUGACGAUACCCAUGCUCUUUUCUCUGAUUCUUGAAAACUUGAUCAAGUGUCCAAAACUUGUAUCAAAUUCAAAGUGUCAGCAAUGCGGUUGGUUAAUUUCCCCAUGAAGAAUAGGUAAAGGAGUGGAUAUAUAGUUACCAUUUGCCCUCCCCCUUCCCCCUGACGACUUACAAUAUUCUCAUUUUUCUAGCGUAGCAAGCCCCAGAACCCCAUAGUUGUGUAGGACCCAAUAGCAUGACUAAACAACUGGCCCCAGUUUAUGGGUACCCAUUUUUUGUGCAAACAGGUCCUGGGGAGGGAAAAGUGAACUUUAGGGCUGGGGAGAAAAGAAACCCCAGUGGUAACUACAUACACACCUGUCUACGAAUGGGACCUAUAUUAAAGUAUAUAUUCAUCUUUGCAGAUAAGUCUACGUCCAGUUCGUGAUUCCAUUGUUGCCCAACCAACUUCCUUAGGUACCCGUACUGGACAAGUAUCAUCAAAUCAACAAAGACAAACCGUAAGAAUUUCAUUUAUUUAGAUUUAGAUAUAAAUGUGCAAGUAUAGGUCCGUCUAAUUGAGCUAGGGCCUGUUCAUAUGAGCCUGUUUUGCUCACUUGAGUUGGAUGACUGAGUUCUUUCUGUGUUCAUAUCACUGUUUUUCCCCCGACGACAUAUAAACAUGGCGUCUUGGAAGAAAUAUUUUUGUUGCGAUGGUUGAUUUCAGCUAUAGACGAAAUCUUGAUCUCGACAACAAGAACGAAAUUCAUUGUCAUAACUGGAAAUGAGUAACACUGCAAAGUUUGGUUGCAAGAUGUUGUAAAAUGAGGAAAAUAUAGCCCUGAGGUUCGCAAAUUUUGUAUAUAUUUGCAUUACGCCCUGGAAAAAUUUGAACCAAUUUUUGAACCGAAAGUGGUUAUUUUUACCGCACGUAAUACAAAUAUAUACAAAAUUUGCGAACUUCACAGGGCUAUAUUUUCUUCAUUUUACAACAUUUAGCAACCAGACUUUGCAGUGUUACUCAUUCUAAGAUGCUCUUUCUAGCUGUGGAGUUGGAUUUUGUUCUUCUUGCCCAGAUCAAAGUUUAGUCUAUAGCUAGAAUCACCCAACUGUUUUGGUCGUUUUUGUUUGUAUUUUCCAACGAUGCUGUUCAACACAAAAUUGACUAUAAUUCAAAAUGGGCAAAAAAAAUGUUCGUCCUGGUCAUGUGGGAUGAAUCUUUCAUAUGAAGAAUGUUAUCCCACGAGAAUGAGAUCUCACCUAGCCGGGCUGGAUCGUUUCUCAUAUGAACACAAAUUGAAUUCUGUAAAAGGUAAAGUAGAUCUCACUGAACAGCCCUUAGUGGGCCUUGUAUAACUACUAAAUUUUUAUGAUAACUUGUUGAAGAAUAGAAUUAAGAAUGAGAGACUCUCAGUAUAAAGAAAAGAAAAUAUAGUGCCAGUUUGCAGGGGUUUUUUCAGGGAUAUUUUAGGACCGUAAAACGACCCCAAAAACUCAAUCUUGAAUUGAGUUUUGAAACUCAAUCUCUUCUCACCAAAGUUUCAGUGCAAUAAAAAUGAAGUUGUUUGAGUAAAAUUCGUGACGUCUGCAAAUUAGUUUCAGUUGGAAACCCGACAAUCAGGGAAAAAAGCUGGAAUUCAUUUCACAACACAAGAAAAACAACGCAUUCGCCAUCUUUAGCCAGUUUAUGUCUGCUUUAACACAUUGCGUCUCAACUACACUUAUUGGGUACAGGUGUCAGCCUCCCGCAGCUGCCCCAGACCCCCAGCUGUUCAGCUGAAUUCAAUCUUCUCUGCAAAACGGACCCAAGAGAAAAUCCUGAAAAAAACCCUGAGUUUGGCUUUCACAGAAAAUAUCCAUUUCGCUGGGCUCAUUCAAGAAUUUUCGAGCACUUUUUGUUUUGCUUAACUUUGAUUUAUAUGUAACAAAAUAAAGCUCAAAUAGUAAAUAUAGGGUUCUUAAUUGUGUUUUAGUAACGUGGUAUUGUUUUUGGGCCUUUUACCUUUUCUUAACUUCAUCAAUCUACCAAUAAAUCAAUAACUUUGCCGAGUAUAUCUAGCAACAAUUUAGUAACUCGCCCGUUAACAUUCGGAACACGUCAACAUUUACUUUGAAUAAUAGCGGACUAACUCUGUGUGACAAAGUUGUAACAACAUUUUUUUAUCCAUAAAAGUUUUCGAACGAAAAUUUGUAUAUAAUUUUUAGACCUAAAAAGUUUGAAGUACUAAGAUACCCCGCUAAAUGGUAGUUAAAUGUUUGCAAUCUAAUCCCCCCCCCCCUCCCCCCUUCCUAGUGCCUGCCACUGCGUACACAGCUCAUCGAGUAAUCUAUCUUCAUAUUUUGUUUCAUCGUUUUAGAAUGGCCAAGCAACGGGUAUAAACGAAAAGCCAAAACCAAGCAAGAAAGCCCCUGCCGCACCCAAAGUUGAUACGGAUAAGCUAGUGGUAAGCUUGCUUUAAAGUAGUAUAUAAUCACGCAAUACUCCCCAUCAAAGCCCCCGCCAUGAUAGUUGAUGGGAGUUGAGAAGCGAGAGUUUGCAUGAACUCUCAUGCCCCGGAUCAAGCGAGAAGAGUUGCGUCAGGGCUGAUAAGAGUUGAGUGAAUGGAUAUUACGGGCCAAGCGAGCAAAAACUCUCAUCAACACUCAUGAAAAUUUGAACCAGCUCAAAGUUGAUGAGAGUGAAUGAGGGUUGAUGUGAGUGAAUGAGGGUUGAUGAGAGUGAAUGAGGGUUGAUGAGAGUGAAUGAGGGUUGAUGAGAGUGAAUGAGGGUUGAUGAGAGUGAGUGAGGGUCGAUGAGAGUGAAUGAGGGUCGAUGAGAGUGAAUGAGGGUUGAUGAGAGUGAAUGAGGGUUGAUGAAAGUGAAUGAAGGUUGAUGGGAGUGAUUGAGGGUGAGGGAGAGUUCGACUACGAGCGGUAUCUCCUUUCCGCGAGUUUAGCUUCCCAGCCAUGCGAAGGGAAAGGAGGGACUGCCAACAAUUCGUCAAGAAACGAAAUACACCCACUUUCGCUAUUGUCAAGUUGGCUCCGCCUUUGCAUAUACAUUACUUAUAUCCAAUUGAAUAUAUCCAAUAGGAAUUGUUCAUUUAAGCCUGUCAUGUUUAUUUAUAAAAUAAAACAUUCAGUGUGCAUAUUAGAUUUGAUUGACUGUCAAAGUUACCAGCCAUGAUGUCAUAUGUGAAAAGCAAAUUAGGUUUUAUUUGCUCCAAAAAUUCAUCUAAUUAUAUCAUAUCUCGAUCUUGACUGUGAAAAAGUUGGUCAAGAUCCCCACCAUUUAUUGUAAAGAUAUGUUACAUUAGCCGAAUAUGACACAUAUACAGUAUAUAUAAAAUAAAAUUUUGUGUUACUCGCACCUUAAUGACUAAAAUAUUGCAGGCAUACUACAUAGUAACAAACUUUAAACGUAACAUUAAGACAAUUGCAGUCUUGACGAAGCCUUUACAACAUGGUAUGCUUAUCAAAUAGAUAUCAAUCUCCUAUAUUGAUCGCCUUCUCCUUUUCGUCCCAAUUUUUAGAUCUUAAGAUACACUGAUAUAAACAUGGCACAAGCAUCUGUAGGGGAAAACUACAGUUUACCCAUAUUAGGGCUAGCUCUUCUUACAUGCAGUAGUCAUGGAAACCUUCCUUGAUGAAGUGUAUAUGCCCAAUGUCAAAUGAAAGGCCCAUGAUAAGGUCCAUGUUUGUUUUACUGUAGGUAACAAUAGUAGAAGAGUUUGUAAAGUCAAGAAAUGUUGCUGAAACCAUGAAGAGUAUUAAAGACUUGAACUCAUCACAGUAAGGACCCGCAUUUAUAUAAGAAUGGUCUCCUACUGUACACUCGUAUUCGAGUUGUAAAAGUGAACUGUAUAGUUUGGAGUUCCUGACUAACUAGUUAUUUUCGAAAAUGAUAUUCCCUAUGGAGAACAGUAUAGGAUAUUUACAAUUUACAGAAUCUGUUGUUUAAAAAAAGCAUCGUAAUUGCCAUAGUAUGGUGACAGCCGCAGUAUUUUACUUUAAAAUAUACAUUUCCAGGGUGUCCACGGGCUUUGGAAAUCCUGGAAAGUGCUUGGCUUUGAAAAAAUUCCAGGACUGGAAAGUCCUUGAAAAUUAGUAGCAGUCCUUGAAAAUCCUGGAAUUAUUUUACUUAACCUCCAGCUGUGCCAACAUUAGUGAUUUUGAUUAAAAUCACUGAAUAAAGUGGGGCAAAUCCGUGUCAUUUUCAAAGACGUUUCGCAGUUCCAGGUCCUUGAAUUUACUGAAAAAGGGCCUUGAAAGUCCUGGAAAAAUCCUUCACCAAAGGGUGGACACCCUCAUUUUCAAUGAGUGAUCAGAGGGUCAACACAGGUCCAACAGAAAAAAUGGAAGGUUGAAAAUGUGCUGGCAGAAACUAAACUAUACUUCAAUUCCCUCUGUGGAAUAACGGUUUAUCUCAUCUAUUGUUUUAGGACAAAAGUAGCACUGAUAGUCAAGCUACUUCAAACCAUAAUGCGAGAAAAUGAAGAAGAUCAAAACUUAGCUGGAGAUCUAUUGAAAAAAUGCUUUGAUGAGAAGAUGUUGACGAAAGAAAGUCUAACAAAGGUCUGUUAAACAGGUUUAAAAAGUUAUAGAACUUUUCUAUUGUAGGUUAAGUCUAAGUGAGGAUUUGGAAUCAAUUGAUAAUACAAGGAAUGAGCUUUGAAGAAAAUUGGGCCAUUCCAUUUAAUAUCCACCCCACCCCCACCCCCCACCCCCGUAUGGACGAGGUCAGUAAAAUUUUAACCCCUGAGAAAAAAAGAUCAAAGUGCCGACACAAAACAUCCCUCAGAAAUUUGUAAAUUUUCCCCUUACCCCUCAGAAAUAUCGCAGAGAUCAAAGGAUGCCGACGGGCUUAACCCCUCAGAAACGACUUUGAAAGUGGGGGUGGACAUUGAAUGGAAUGGUCCAUUGUUAAAAAUCGACGAGUGUUGAGGACAGUUGAUUACAGGUGACGAGUUAAUUAGUGGAUGAGAGUUGAUUAGAAUGCACGAGAGUUGAAGGGUUAAUGCAGGUUAUGAGAGGCCACUAGAAUCAAUCAGAGUUGAUCAUAGAUCGUAAGAGUCGAUGAGAGCUAGUGAUUAAAGUGGGCAAUAAGAGUUGAUUAGUGUUGGUGGUUAUUAGAUUUAUAACCGAGCCAUGAGAGACGAGAAAACUCUCGUGCAAACUAAUACAUAUACUGGUAUUAUGUACUUCUCAUCAGUCUGUAAAUGGGAUUUCAACACUCUUAGCGAACGCAUUUCGUCACAGGGUUUGCUACUCCACGUAAUGUUGGAUCUUGCCAAAUCGCAGACUCUCAUACUCGUUUGAUAUUUGCAGGGCAUUGAAUCAUAUAUUCGCAAGCUGUCGAAAUCUGACAAGGAAUCGGAUAUUGUUAAAGCUGCACUGGGAAAGUUUUCAGCACGACUUAUUGUUGAGGUAAAUGUUGUCUUCAUUUUCACUUCAUUUCAUUGUAUACAAGCCAAGUGAAUUGUGCACACUAGCCAUUUUCGGCCGUACCAUUUUAUACAUACUGCCAGACUGUCUUGGCAUGGGGCCUUGAGCUGUAAGAGUGUUUCGAACGAUGCGUAAAACGUAUGCCUCAAACUGUAAAUAAAGCUGUAUAUCUUUCCAAUACUAAUCAAUACUUACAAUUAGUAACUUUGCGCCGUUUAUGAGGUCCGUUUGUCAUGAAGGCGUGGCCACCAUUUAUCUAGUUGCAAACUGAAAUUUACAAAAAUGCGAUUGUGACUUAGCGUGCCUUGGUAUUACAGUAAAACUGUUUACGUCCUUCAUAGCGAUUGGACACAAUUCUGUCGUGUCGGCUCCAUUUCUUUCCUACGCCAAAUGACUGAAAUUCAUGCUCCAGAUAUAUAUGUAGAGCUCAGUGCCUACACCACCCUCCUUCUAUACUAGGACAAUAUCUAGGUAGUUUGUAGAAUGCCAAAGCACGGCAUAGGAACUGGAUUCCGUACUGAAAUUGGUAGUGAUCAGAUUUCUUUUGUGAGUACUUUCCUAUCAGUCUAACUUUAAUACAUUAUUUAAGGAUGUGCUUGAUCUUCAUACCGUGAAUAACGCGAUGGAAGCAGUGGAUCUUUUGUUUUUACAAUGUUUGAAAGAUCUGAAGCAGCUGAAAGGAGAGGUACAUUUUUGUGUUUUUGUCAUGCUCCCAUGAAUUAUUCUACAUCCAUUUCUCCUGCUACCAUUCCAUGUUUCAUUUAGGACUGGCUCCUGGAGUUAUUUAACAACAGUAAAGUGAACUUGGCGACCACAUUGGCAGGUAGGAUGAAACCACGCUUUUCUUUUUAGUAUCUGUUUUAAGGUACGUUUACACACAACGAUUAAUCGGACCGAUUCAGCUUUAAUUAAACGAUAUUUGAAAAAUAUGCUAUCAACAUCAUCUGAUGACAUCGUCAACUGACAAUAGUCGUCAUUAACAUUCGGCAAAACCUGUAAUCGGCCCGAUUAAUCGUUGUGUGUAAACGUAGCUUUAGUCUUUUAGAGGUUGUUAAUAUUAGUAUGCUAUGUAGGACUAGCAAGAAAGGUAUACUAUAAGAUAUUUAUCUGGAACUUUUAUGAAACGACUUUCCCAUAUGACUUCAAAAUCAUUGUUCAUUCCACUCCUGGUAGUACGCUAUAUUUUUCGAGAUCAGUCAGAUGUCCAUCCACCAGCCAUGACACCUGCAUGUCCACCAUAACUAAUGAACUUUUCAAUCAGCUAGCUUUCCCUUAAUCCCUUUCCCAGGUGUAAAUAGCCGAUUAGUGGCGCAAUCGUCAGAGCAAACGCCUUUCACCUCGGAGAUCGUGGGUUUGAUUCUCGCUAUGGACUCAUGUGAAAAGAGUCGGUCAACGCUCUGCUGAAAGUCGUGGGUUUUCUCCGCGCACCCUGGUUUCCUCUCUGCAAACCGGCCCUUCCACCGUAUAGCUAUGCUCCGUAAUGAGUCAUAAGGUGGCUACCAGAGGCGCCCUUAGAAAGCCUUCAACUUGAUCAGGUUGAGCUGCCUGCUUCGCAGUUCAGCUUAGCUCUCAAAUGCAACUGCAAGUAGGGAUGAUCAGCACACACAAAUAUAUCCCUACUAGCUACUAACCCCCAUCAGUGCCCUGGUCUUCACCCUGCGCGAUAAGUGUUGAUGAAAUACAGCUUGAAAUUUAAACAUUUCUUAAUUUGCUGUUACAACAUUAAAUAUAACAAAUGUUUCUUCAUAACGUUUAUUUUUGUGAAUAGCAGAACAGGGUAAAAACGCCGAGAAGAUGACGGAGGUUUUACAAGAACAGGU